UCUUCCUCGCGACCCGCCUCCUACAAAGUCGUCGGUAUCUGCCUCGCCGUCGCUUCCGGCUUCUUCAUCGGCACCUCUUUCGUCCUCAAGAAGAUCGGCCUCCUCCGCGCCAAUGUCAAAUACAACGAAGAGGCCGGCGAGGGGUACGGCUACCUCAAGAACCUCUACUGGUGGGGGGGGAUGACCCUCAUGAUCGUCGGCGAGAUCUGCAAUUUCGUAGCCUAUGCGUUCGUUGAUGCGAUCCUGGUAACCCCGCUGGGCGCGCUCACCGUCGUCGUGUGUACCAUCCUCUCCGCCAUCUUCCUCAAGGAACGCCUCAGCUUCGUCGGCAAGGUCGGCUGUUUCUGCUGCAUUAUUGGCUCCGUGGUGAUCCCGCUCAAUGCGCCCGAGCAGUCGUCCGUCAGCGAUAUACAGGAGAUGAAACACUAUGUGAUCACCCCCGGGUUUCUGUCCUAUGCCGGGGUGAUCAUCGUCGGGUGUACCUUCGUCGCACUAUACCUGGGGCCGCGAUACGGGAAAAAGUCCAUGUUCGUGUAUCUCAGUAUCUGCUCGCUGAUUGGGGGGCUGAGCGUUGUUGCGACACAGGGGCUGGGCUCGGCCAUUCUGGCGCAGAUCAAUGGGGAGUCGCAGUUCAAGGAAUGGUUCUUGUAUGUUCUGUUGGUGUUUGUGAUAGCAACGCUUUUGACAGAAAUCAUUUAUCUAAAUAAAGCACUGAAUAUCUUCAAUGCUGCCCUCGUUACUCCGACCUACUACGUCUUCUUCACCAGCGCAACCAUCGUCACCUCCGCCGUUUUGUUCCAGGGCUUCCACGGCUCUGUCAAAGAAAUCGUCACCGUCGUCCUCGGGUUCCUACAGAUCUGCGCAGGCGUGGUCUUGCUGCAGCUAUCCAAAUCUGCCAAAGAUGUCCCCGAUGCUGCCGUUUUCAAGGGCGAUUUGGACCAGGUCCGCGAGGUUGCGACGCAGGAAGAACACGAAUUCGAGCCCAAGGCCGACUCCAUCCGCGGCGCCGCUGCCAUCAUCCGCCGCAUUUCUACCCCACGCCGGACCAUGGAGGCCGAAGAAGCCCGCCGCUAUUAUCACGACCGCCAGGAGGACCUACGCACUCCGCUGGCCGAGAAUGAGAUCGUUGAAUGGGAUGGACUACGCCGGCGCAAGACUGUUCUCGGCGAGGGUCCCACCAUGGCAGCUCGCACACGCACCCCGUCCGUCCGUCACCAUCCACUUCCACCGCUGGGUAUGGCCCGCGUGCCAGAGGAGUCGAAAUGCGAGGAUGAGGAGGACGAUGAACCGCCCCGACCGACUACGACACAGAGCAACAAUUCAUUCCUAGAUGACCUCCGCUCACGCGCGAACAGUAUUUUCCACCCGACGUGGCAACCGCUACACAAAGAGCCGUUGCAUCUCUCGGAGGCUAAUCCCGUGUCGCUAAAGGCCAUGGAAUCAAUCCGCAAAUACCCCGAUACUCACUAUGCCGGCCGAGACGGCCGUUCCAUCAAGUCAUCGGUCGAUACUGAGAAUCACAAUCGCCCUCUUCCUCCUCCGAGUCCCCCUCCGCACGGAGGCGCUGAACGGCAAUUUUCGUUCACCAGUGUCCUCGGACGAAUGAAAGCCGGUAGCCCCGAACCUGUUGCGGCUCGUCCUGUUUCACGGCAGAGCGGCCUCCAUCACCACUAUCACCGCUCGUCGGGCGCAACUGAGGAAGAACGACUUGGCCUGGUGCGAGGGGAUUCGAGA